UCGAGACCUGUCACAGCGUGCAGGACCCGGUCCCUCACGCCCGCCGCCAGGCCCCGAGAGCGCCGCCCGCAGCGCUGUCCCGGUGAUGGGCAGCUGGCCUCGCAGCCCCAGCGCCUACCCCGAGCCCUGCUGGGGACCGCCGCCAGGAGGACCCCGCCCUGCGAAGCGCCGCCGAACCCAGGAGCCCGCGGGCCUGGAGGGGUCCCUGGCCGCGGACACACUCACCUCCGUGGUGGUCCUGGCCAGCGGCUGUGCCCUGCAGCUGCUCCUGGACGACGUCGACCUGGUGCUCGAGCCCGAGCCGACGUCGGCCCUGCAAGUGACCGUCGGAGAGCUCACCCUCGUGCUGGUCCCCGAGGCUCUCCUGCGCUCCGGAGGGCAGGGCCACUCGCCUUCCAGCCUGGAACGCGGCGCGUUCCCGAGCGCACCCGAGCACGACGUCGCCGUCGAGCGGGGCCUCUUCUGCGUUUCUGCCCCAGAGAUGGCCGCCCAAGAAGAAGCCUACGAGAAAGACGCCGACCGCGAGUUCCUGCCGCCUCGGAUGGACCCUGCAGCGGGCUCCGUCCCUGGGCUCCGCCCCUGCGCUGCAAGGGUGGCCAGCCCCCACCCGCAGGGCCCCACACCGGGUGCCUGGCCUUGGGCGCCCACCCCUAGUCCAAGGAGACGCUCUCCUCUCCGCUACUUCAACCUGGACGCCCACCUUCUGGAGCCCUUCCCCAACUCGCCACUCCAACCUCUACCUCCCUCUCCGAGUCCAGGCCCCCACGCGCGCCCCCAGCGCCUUCCGGGUCCCUCUCGCAAGGCCCGGAGGCGCCUAUUCCAGGAAUGAACUGCUCCCACAACCUAUCGCCAGCUGGCUUCAGGCACUAGUGAUCCUCCAUGACACACUCUGAGCACAUGCCACCAAUUAAAGAUGGAACAUCUUUGGAACAUCGUAAGGACCCGGCAGCUGCGGGUUUGGUUUUUAGCUAAAAUGCCUUGAUCGGGGCGCCUGGGUGGCUCAGUGGGUUAA